CUUAUACCCCUUUUGUAUUCUCUUUAGACAUCUCUCUUUAGUUCUAUUACACUACUUUGCUAUUUAGUACAAGAUCAUAUCGAUCAAUAUGGCGAAUGUGGACCGUGACAGGCGUGGGCAUGUCGACCGUACUGACAAACGUGCUCAUCUUCAGCCGUCCUACGAAGAUGAUGUCGGUUUCGGUGGUUAUGGUGGUUAUGGUGCUGGUUCUGAUUAUAAGAGUCGCGGCCCCUCCACUAACCAAAUCAUGGCACUUAUAGCAGGAGUUCCCGUUGGUGGCACACUGCUAACUCUAGCUGGACUCACUCUAGCCGGCUCGGUGAUCGGCAUGCUGGUCUCCAUUCCACUCUUCCUCCUCUUUAGUCCAGUCCUUGUCCCGGCGGCUCUCACCAUUGGCCUCGCUGUGACCGGAAUCUUGGCCUCUGGAUUGUUUGGACUGACGGGUCUGAGCUCGGUCUCAUGGGUCCUAAACUACCUCCGUGGGAGGAGUGAUACAGUGCCAGAGCAAUUGGACUACGCUAAAAGACGUAUGGCUGAUGCGGUAGGCUAUGCUGGUAUGAAAGGAAAAGAGAUGGGGCAGUAUGUGCAAGACAGGGCACAUGAGGCUCGUGAUACUGAACUCACUACUGAGACCCAUGAGCCUGGUAAAGCAAGGAGGACCAUUACAUAAAUUUGCAUGAGUCUUUUGGGAAGACGAGAGAUAAUGUAAUUUUACCUUUUAUGUCACAGUUUCUUUCUUUCUUCUUUUUAGAAUAUCUUGUCAAUAUGCAUGUGUACGUUCGUUUUGUCUUGUCCAAAAUAAAAAACCCUUGUUAGUGAAAUAUAUAAUAAAUGAAAUAAACAUGUUUUUACGGGUC